CGUUGUCCUAUUGGACGCUCGUUGCUGGGCCUCCGUCAUCCUCUGGAAACCCGCGCGCGGCUGGCGGGCUGGCAGGCGGCGCGUUUGAAAGCCGAGUCCGUUGCCCGGGAGCGCGUUUUGUAAACAGAUCGCUGGCGGCUGUUGGUCCUCCGCUGUCCCGGCGUGCCGAGCGGCCACCGUCCUUCCGCAACCGACCCGGAGUGCGCGGGCAACCAGGUUCAAACUAUUCCAAUGAUCGACAUGCACUGGAAAACCACGGAGCAACAAUGAAAACCAAGAAACCAAAAACUGCAAAACUGGGAAAGAAAAAGAAGCGAAUAAGUGACGUCAUACCAUCUACAAGUCUGCCACCGCUUGUUGACGGUCAGAUUCGAUGUUUUCUAAGGAUAACGGUCAGUAAAAUCCUGUGGAUCAUUCUCAAACCACCAGUAGCCCCUCUUGUUAGACUGCGCUGGUGGGGUGAAACUUCCAAUGGCACUUUGUUUCACCCAAGAGAUUCUUCGCAUUCUGAACCAAAAUCUGUGAAAACUACUGCUCGAUAUGCUGUUCGCUGUGGACCAAGACAGUUCACUUCUUACCUUGCAGAUAUGGGAGUGCUGGUAUUGGAAGUGUUGACAAAGGCUGACCAUCUUCCCAUUGGUCGAGUUCAAAUAAAUGGAAUUUCACAACUAUCAUCCACGUAUGAAAUUAGUGGAUUUUUCACAAUGAUUUCACCUACCUCGGAGAAACUUGGAGAACUACAGGUUUCACUUGCUGUGGAGUCGCUGACUGACACAUGUGAUAGUGGCAGUUCUAAUCCAACUACUGACACAAGUAUGGAUGGUGGAAUCACAGUUCAAAGUCCUGUCAUGGCGCAUACUUCAAGAGCAGGAUCUUUAGAAAAUCUCGUUGAACUUUCUGCUCCUCGCAAAUCAUCCUUAACCAGCUUAAGUGGAAAGGAGUCCCUGUCAAGUAGUGCUUCUAAUACUCCAAGAGGAAGAGAUCAUUUGUACUUCCAGGAAAAUGCAAGAAGUUCCACAAAGACUGGUACAUCUGAAGCUAAGGAACUGCUGAACACGGCUCCUUUGGCCUCUGCUGUGACAUUUGCCACUGGCAGCAAGAGGACAGAUAAACAUGUACUGUCAUCAAAGAGCCAGAGUACUAAAAAUCUGAUUUCGGUUCUAUUAGACCGAGGUAGCAAAUUGCGAAAUGCGAUGGUGGUUUCGGCAAUGAAAACUGUUCCUGAUGGUGUAUCCGGAUUAAUGGAUGUUCCUUCCUCACCUCAAUGUCAUCCUAUGGAUGUACCACAAUCAAAAAUACAUCAAUCUCCUUCGGGAAAACUCUUUCAUAAUUUGCCCGAAUCUGAAGAAAUGUUACCAUCUAGAGAUUUUUUACUGCCUUCUCCUGAAUACUCAUUUAAAGAACGUUAUCCCAACACUGAGGCCACAGCUAUCAAUUUACUUCUUGGGAGUACUGACUCUAUACCUCUCCAUUACUGGCAUGGCACACACUCCCCUCCAGAGUCUUUAUCUGGUGGAAGUAGUAUUCUUGAUGCAAGCGAAUUAAACGAUCCUCAUUAUGACAAGAGCCUGCUGGAAAAUCUCUUCUACAAGGAUCCUAAUUAUGAAAGUAGCAUAAGUGAUUUUACUAGUGAAGAUGAGGAAUUGGAUACUUCAAAGAAAAAACUGAAGACGAAGUCAUGUUACAAACCUGAUGACCAUAACCAGCAUAAAACUGCUAGUAGAAUAGAUUUAAAUCAAAACAAAGCACAAAAGAUUAUCAGUCAACACCCUAUGCAAGAAGGUUCUGUACUGAGUAAAGAACAAGAGAUACCUGCUGUUGAGUUGAAUGUAAAUAGACUUGCCCUACUUGAACGCAUUUGUUUGGCCCGCGUUAUAAUUGAAACAUUAAAGCUUCCUCCGGAUAGCACUCGCGCAAUGCCAAAAGGAAAAGGCAGCAGAGGAAAGCCACCUCGACCUGUUUCAGGAAGGAAAUGCACUUAUAUUGUUGAGUACAAUCUUCCUGUGUCCACAUCUUCAAAGAGUGGAGUGCAAGAGCUGUACAUGGGAUCUGAGAUUACACGGGUAGCUUCCAGCAAAGUUAUAAAUGAAGUGGUACAAUUCCAGCAGCGGCUUGUUUUUCCUGUUUGCUUUGAUGGUUUGAUGAUAGAGCAUUGGUGGAACUCCAAUCUUGUGUUUAGCAUUUACUCCAAAAAGAUGACACAGAAAAAGCCAAUUUUGAUUGGUACAGCAAGUCUUGCGCUUCGAACCAUCAUUCAAUCAGAUUUAUUAAGUAUAACCAGUGAAUUACCCGUCAAUAUGAUGUGUGACAAGAAGGAAAAGCAGCAACCGAUUGGUCCUUUAAAGAUAUCCGUGGAUCUGGCUUCUGACAACAAAGAUUUCACAAGUGCUAAUUCCAGAUUAGCUCCUUCUCCAAAGACUACUUAUGCUGUUUCUAGCCCAGGACCAAAGUUUCCAUCAGAUCACAACAUUGUUGAUUUAUGCCCAGUGGACCCACAUUUUGGUGAUCUGCAGGCUGGUGAAGUAUUAGAAAAAGGAAAUACUGAAACUCAGGUGAAACAAAGUCAUACAAAGGAUGGCUCUAGAACUUGCAAUGCAAACCAUCACCAUCUUCCCUCUGUAGCUGCAGCACAAAGUUUAAUGGAGCAGUUUAAUUCUUCAAUAGAGGAAGAAGGUUUCUUACUCCAUGUUCUUCUGAUGGUACCUGAUGGAAAAGACUUUACGAUGGGAGAUGGCUGUGUCCAAAAACAAUGGAAUAUAUACCUAAAAUGUAAGCUUUUCAGCACCGACGAGGCCACCAGAUCUCCAGUUAGCUGGAGCACAACUCGACCAGUUUUUAACUUUUCACUGGUAGCUCCGAUCACACUGACUCCAACACUACUAGAGAGGAUGAAGAAUAAUAUGAUGAUUAUAGAGAUCUGGAAUAAAGCAAUGACCUCAGGACAAGAGAAUCUACUUGGGCUUGUGAAAUUACCACUUCAUCAAUUUUACUUAUCAUUUAGGGAUCCCAAGAUUUCUCAUUUACUGCUCCAAGCUCAAUAUCCCGUGGUUGCUGUGGACAGCUACAUGCCAAUGAUGGAUGUUUUCACAGGGAAUCAAAGGGGUAGCCUUCGAGUUCUAUUAGCUAUCGGAGGAGCAGACCAAAUAGCAGCACUUCAGAAAUUAAAAAGUGACGAGGAGGUAUCUAUCGCCGGUUUCCAGAGAACACCACAUUUCUUGGAUGCAGGGCCAUCGAUUCUAUCAAAGUCCAAUAGAGGGGAGACUGAGCCAUUGAUGGAACACACUUUUGAGAUGAAUGUGAUAAAACUUAAAGGAUUGACUCCCUUGCAGUCUACUGUUUGGGGAGAGGCAGACUGCUAUGUACAAUAUCAUUUCCCAACUCACGAUGCAAAUAUCAUAUCUGAGGCAUUGCCAGUGGAACCUGGUAUCAUCUUGAAGUCGUUUCGCACUGCAACUACAUUGUGUGUUCCAGAUCCUGUAUUUAAUCACUGUCAAAGUCACUUGCUUCUGAUCCCAAUGGAUCUUCCAGUGCAGAGAAUACUAUUGGAUGUCUGCUCAACACAAAGACUUGAAGGAGGUGGUGGCAUUCAAUUUGAGGUUUGGUGUAGGUAUUAUUACCCUAAUGUUAGAGAUCAGGUUGUUGCCAGAGGUAUCCUCCCUUUGUCCAAGCUAUGUGGCAUGGUGACAAUGCAACAUCACAAGGAAGUUGGAGUUCAGAUCUUUUGUGUUCCCCUGAUACCAAGGACAAUAAAUGUUGAAAAGCAUCUUCCGCAUUCUACUGGCUUAUUGGAUAUUAGUGUAAAAUACAGAUGUUCUGUAAAAGCAACUAAGGAUGGCAGAGAAGGGGUCAUAUCAUCUCGUGCAGUGACUCUUUCAGUACAGUUGCUCCGAGCUUCAGGUUUACAAGCUGCAACAAGGGCUGUCGCAGAAAUUAACCAUUUGUUACAUUACCAAUCUGAAGUCGGUGUGAACACGUAUGUUACAAUUCAUAUUUCCUUUCUUCUGGGAAAUGAAAAGCGGCGCACGAAAGUUGUGGCCCGUACAUUCUGCCCAGAGUUUGACCAUUAUUCUGAGUUUCCAUGUAAUCUUAUAAUUCAGAAAUCCAAUGGAGAGAGUUUCAGUUUGGCUGAACUACUAGAUUCAUCAGAAGCAGUGUUUACCAUCUAUCAUCAGUCUAAUAAAGCAGCUAAGCCAAAUACAAUUUUAAUUGGUUCAUCAAGAGACAUUGAAUUGGGAAGUGUACGGAUUCCUCUGGCAGAUCUUCUGACCAAGCGAACAGGUAUCUCUGGAUGGUAUGCAGUGAACCUUCCAGAGGUAGUUGCUUCUAAUCAAUCCAUUGGCGCUCCGCUGAAUGUGGGUGGUGGACUCGAGCUUUCAAUCCAAUUUGCACAUCCCAGCGAUAGAGAGCGUGUUACGAUGGCUGCAGAGGCAUUGGAGUGGAAGACUGGAAUGAGCAGAGAUGAAGCUGACAACUGGGAAACCGUAGAGAGCAACAUGUCACUAUCAAUAGCUGUACCACGAAUAUGGCUCCCACUGCACUGUGUACUAUUGGCUGGACAUGCACAUCUGGAUAAAUAUACUUCCUGCUAUCUACGUUACAAAUUCUAUGAUAGAGAGGCUGUUUGUACAUAUCUUCAAAAGCCAAUUCUUACUGACAUCGAAAACCAUGUAACUGUGAGCUUUGCCCAGGCAAAUACCAUAUUUUUGAAAAGAACCCAAUCAUUGCUUUGGUACCUAAAAGAAGAAAGACUAGAAGUUCAGGUGUGGAUGGCAUAUGGAAAAGACAAGGUUCAGAGACCCCAUGAUACGGAUCGGCUGAUUGGAUAUUCAUUCAUAGAUCUAUCAAAAUUGACAGCGAAAUCUUCAAGAAAGAUUACAGUUAGUGGUAUUUAUCCACUUUUUAAACGAGGUGCUUCUGACCUAUCAGGUGCAGCUCUGAGGUUCCAUAUCACACUUGUACCGAAUGAUCUUCCAUCAUCCAACACUAAAUAUACUUCUGAGAGAAUAAGCUAUUCAGAUGAUGACCAUGAUUAUGAAUGCGGUGCCAAGGAAGAUGUUCCGCUCAUUAAUGAAACAGAACAAGAAGUAAGAGAAGUGCAAAUUAAUGAUGAAUUGCCCACAGACUCUAACAUUGAAUGCAAUAAAGUGGCUAAUGAGGUUCCUGGGAUGGACCUGGCAUACACAUUUGCAGUGAAUGUUGUAGUGGAGAGAGCUAUGCAUCUAAGCUUGAAAGGAUGUCCCUUGACAGAACAAACUGGUGUUAAACCAAGUUGCUAUGUAUCAUAUUCUACACCAGCCAGUCCAACUCCUAUAAGAACCCAACUGAUAGAAAAUGCCUGCAGUCCUAUUUGGGAACAUCAACAGCAAACGAGGCUACCCAAAGAGUUGCUACUGGAUCCACAGCAAACACUCGUUUUCAAAGUGUGGCAUAAAGCAGAUAUUGAUCGGGUUAUAGGAUUUGCAUCCGUGGAUCUUUCACCUUUAUUAUCUGGAUUUAUGUCUAUUUGUGGCUGGUACAAUAUCACUGACUUUAGUGGUCAGUGCCAAGGUCAACUUAAAGUGGCAAUUACUCCUUUGGAGAAUAUCCAUCACCUGAGAGAAAAGCGAUGGACCCCAGCGCACAAACAGCCAGGAAGUAUCGCUCCUACCAUGGAAUCAUUGUUAUAUGAGACCAAUGCCAAGUAUAACUCAUUCCCUAGUCACAUCUCCAAAUAUUCAGAACAAUUCAUCAGUUCAUCUAGAAAUCCUGAUGCUUCUCCAGCCUGUGACAGGUUAACCAACACCAAAGUCCACAGCUCACGUCAUGGGGAACACAUGGAAAAUGUUCGCAAGUUUCACCAGACCUUGCAGCAGGUGGAGUACAGCAUGCAAAGUGCUGGGAACAUAGAAUCAUUGCCGCAAACUUCACGGACUACACUUUUCAGUGCUCUAAGGAAGAAUCUCAGUGAACUGGAUGAUAUACAAAGAUAUUUCAAUCAAAAGCUGGACACAACUCCAUUUUCUCACGUAACUAAUCCCACGCCACGAGAAAGGGCAAAUGUUGCUAACAUAAAUCUUCACCAUGGAUCGUCAAAUGUCCAUGAUAAUGGACAGCAUCCUUUGGAAAAUUCAAAUAAACAGGUCCAUGAAAAUCAUGGCACUAGCGGUGGUCUGCAGAAACACAAUGUUGAUGUUACUUAUCCAGUCCAGUUUCCUCGAGACAUUGAAGACGGUGUGGAGGAAAUAGCUGAAAAUGAAAGACCUGCAGAUCUCCUUAAUCCACAAUCACCAGAAAGAGAGAAUAUAAAGCAGUGCCUUCCUCAAUUCUGUACACCAGGAAAUGCGGAGUUUGGACUGCCUGAACAUAAUGAAUUACUUGAUAAAGACGUAAUAGAUUACCAGAAUAGUAGGUGCAUUGUAGAAGGUGCACACCAACAAAAUCAUUAUGAAAGUGAUUGGUGCAGUGAUGAAGAAUAUGAAGAAGUUGUGAUUCAGCCGAAAACCUUAAAUGACGUGACUGGUAUGACUGAUAGAACCAGCCCUUGGUCAAGUAUUUUGUCAGAUUUUGAUGAAGAUAACAAGCAUAAAUUUGAAACAAAAAGAAACACACCAGAGUCAAUAGGAAAUGGAAAUGUGGCUAAUGAGGAAGAAGCAGUUUCCAAAAGGGUACAUGACGAGGUGUUGGCUGAGAUGCAAAAUAAAAAUGCCAAGUUACCAAGUGAUAUUGCAUCUAGCGAGUCUUCACAUACAGAAAAGUCUUCAAUAGCUGAAGAAAUAGAGCUUGAUAUGUUAAACUGUAAUUUAAUCGAAAGUGACUGUGGCUCAGAUAUGAAGUUACAGGAAAGACAGUUCUCAGAUGAUCUGAACAUGUUUUUCUCAAACCACGAUGAAGCGGAAGACCAGGCACGAGAAAAUGAAGACUUUACAGAGUAUGACGUUUUCUCCAGCAAAACAUUUUCCCCUACAGAAAAGGAAGAAACAGGCCUUAGAAUAACAAAUAUUCAUGAAGACUGCUACCAAACGGAAGAGCUCAGUGAUGAAGUGAACCUGGAGUCCUGUGAAGAAUGCGACAAUGAAGAUAUUCCAAAGAUGCACAAGAAAACAUCUGAAACAGAAACUGAAGAUAAACUUCGUUAUAAAUUACCCGAUCCAGUUAUAAUUCCAAACUUCUUUCUCCCUCCAAGUCAUUUGGAAGCCUCAAUGAGAAAACUAAAUGUUCGACAUUCAUUUCAUACACCGGCAGCAGAUCCUAGGGAAAUUCCAACUCUGACUAGAGCUGCACGGCAGAGCAAUCGACAAAAGCCCAGGUUAAUCUCAAAAGAGUUAUCGAAAGAAGAAACCGAAAGAAUCGCCAAGAUUUUUGCAGGACACUUUACAGAAAAACGUUGAUGUGAUUUUUCACUUAAGAUUAUUUUAAAAGCCUAAAAGUGGGUUGGAGAUUAGUAUGCUGACAACAAUUUAAACGCACUCGCGGUUGAACUUCUAUCCAGAUACAACAUGGACGCUUCCCCAAUAAAGUUAUCCAGUUAUCCCUGUUCACAUUAACAAGGACAGAUUCAACCCAGCCAAUUAUUUUUUAAUCAUUGAUGGAAGGAAUCAUUUUAAAAGCCUACAUCAUUUAUACCAGAGAUUUGGUGAGUGUCCAAGUAUAUUCAUGUGACUCUUGAGCUGUUUAUGGCUGGACCUGAACAAUGAGUACAGUAAAACAGAUUACCCCAUUCUGCAGAUCAUCUUUUGCUCCGGGGGAGUGGGAGCAUUGUUAAUUUGUGCGUAUAGUUAUCAGAUACUGUUCCUUGUUUAUUCAGCACGUUUGGUCCUUUUAGUCCUGUCUACCUCAUGCACAAAUACUUUAGCUGAGGUGAAGGUUUUGAGUUUGGCAUUACCCAUUGACAUUCACACUCCUUGCCCACAGCACUGUAAGUCAUGUGCACAGCACUACCAAGGAGGAUGCUUUAGGGCAGUGAAAAGCAUUUGGUGUACAUCUAUCUGCAAGAUGGUAUCUUCUUCACAGUCUACUAUAUAAAGGAUUGAAGUGAUGCCGUGGCAAUGAUUCAGUACAAUGUUUUCAUUAGCUAUUUGUAAGAAAAUUAUUUUUCUUUACUGAUAGUCUGGUUUGCCUGAUCAGGAUAAGUGGUACAAAUUUACUGAGGCAGUCUAUUCACCCUUAACAACCAAUGGUUAUUGGAUACUCUUAAGUUGCAGUAACAUUGGUUUUGGAGGCUUGAGCUGGGAAUAAUCUCAUUUGAUUACAACAUUUACAGCACUUAUCAUGUGUACGUGGACACUCAGCAUUGGGGGAUAUUACUACAAUAGCUUACAUGAUAUUCUAAUAAUUUGAUGCAAAGCAAAGAAAAAAUAAACUGUUUAGAAUAUGACCCUCCAUUUUGUGGUAAAAUGAUCAGACCUGUAGGGGAUAAAUGUUUUAUUCCAAUUCCCAGUGUUGGUUUUGAUUGAGGUUUGAUUUACAGCAAAAUUCAGACGAUCUGAGCCAAUGGAUUAGAUCUUCAAUGGGUCCCAUUUUCUUCAAACUUCCUUCUUAGCUGCAGUGUUUUUGGAAUUCCACAAUUUUUGGUCAUGUUUGGAAUUCCACUAUUUUUAUAGCUCCAACAAAAUACAGAAAUUGGACCAGUGGUAAACUGUUAAAAGUGCUUUGUUUUCCGAAAUAAAGUUCAGUAAUAAUGUGAGAAUCUUAAAAAAGACAGAAAGUGGAAAAUAAAAUAGAGCAGGACACCUGUGCAAAUGCUUUUAUACAAGUGAAUAAAGAGUUGCAUUGGUCGUAAUGCUGGUGAAUGUAUUUUUGUAUUUGUGUGAAAUAAGUUAAAUCUUGUAUAAUAGGUUACUAAACCUUUAUAUUUGUGUGUCAGAAUUAUGUUUUUUUUCAAAACUAUGUCAGAGUGCAGUAAUAAAUUAUUUUUGAAUGCA